CCCAUUAUCUGGAUGCGGAAGUAGGACCAUGUGCUUCUCUCUCUAAAUUAAGAUGGAGUAUCACCCCAGCUUGCAACUUCCUUCCUCUGUCCAACAUCUGAAGACGUGCAGAAAGAAAUUUGAAAGCAAUUGAUACAUCGACUUCUGGGACUUGAAUAUCAGCAGCCAUUCAAAUUGAGAAGAAAUGUUUGCUUUUGUCUGCUUGAGAGAUUUUGGACGCUGGUGUGGCAGGAAGAAUACUGUGACACCCGAGUGAGGGAGAUUCAGUGCGCUGACUGUGAAAAGUGCUUCACACCAUCUCCUCAGCUUGGGGGAUCAAAAUCUCACCCCUCAUGGUGCGGAGAGACUGUGUAUCCAUUCUGUUUGUAAUUUCAAACCCAGAGUGACCACGAGGAAAGGUCUCCCCAUGGGGAAACCGUGGAAAUGUGGGGAUUGUGGGAAAAGAUUCUCUUCCCCCUCAGUGCUGGAAAUUCACAGACGUGUUCACACUGGGGAGAAGCCGUUCACCUGCUCGGUGUGCGGGAACGGGUUCACAGAUUCUUCCAACCUGCGGUCCCACCAGCGGGUCCACACGGGAGAGAAGCCGUUCAUGUGCUUGGUUUGCGGGAAGGGGUUUGCGCAUUCAUCUGCACUGCUGAGGCAUCAGGGGGUUCACACUGGGGAGAGGCCGUUUGCUUGCUCAGAGUGCAGAAAUGCUUUCCGUAGUAUAAGCAACUUGCGUAAUCACGAGCAGGUCCACAUGGGGAAGAGGCCCUUCACCUGCCCUGAAUGCGGGAAGGCCUUCGGUCGUGUCGCUAACCUACGGAGGCAUCAGCGGAUCCACACGGGGGAGAGGCCAUACACCUGCCCUGAGUGUGGGAAGGUCUUCCGUUAUGUGGGCAACUUGCGGAGGCACCAGCGGGUACACACGGGGGAGAGGCCAUUCGCCUGCUUCGAGUGUGGAAAGAGAUUCCAUCAUGUGAGCAAUUUGCAGCAGCAUGAGCGGGUCCACACAGGGGAGAGGCCAUUCAUCUGCCCUGAGUGCGGGAAGGGGUUUAGCAAUUCUUCCAACCUGCUGACCCACCACCGGGUCCACACCGGGGAGAGGUCGUUCACCUGCUCUCAGUGUGCGAAAGGAUUUAUCAAUUCUUCCAAACUUCUGACUCACCAGCGGGUCCACACUGGGGAAAGGCCGUUCACCCGCUCCUCCUACCUCCAGAGACCUCAGCGAGUUCACAUGCCAUCGCAGGUAGAUUGAAGGAGUGACGGAUAAGUGCCAUUUUCAACUAGACUAUCAACCCAGUACUGGGAACUCCCAGGUUUGAAUCCCACCGUGGUAGAUGGUGCAAUUGAAAUCUGAAGUUCAGAAAUAAACAAUGAAACCAUUUUCAGGGGAAGAAGAACCCCAUCUUAUUCACGUGUCUUUUUUUUAAGAAUGAAACUACCAUUGCAGGAAAGGAUUCACUCAAGUCAUCCUAGCUGCAUCCUUUACCCGGUCUGGCCUACCCAUAACUCCAGACCCACAGCAGUGUGGUUGACUCUUGAUUGCAUCCCCCUCCUGCAAAUGAGCUGGAGAAACUAACUUGUACACAGUGUGUAGGCUGAAAUUGCUGAGUGAGGCAAUACUUCCUCCAGGUGAAGGAUGGACCAAGGAUCCAGUUACAAAGGGAUAAUUUGGUGCUGACCAAUAGUCAAGAAAGUGGGGGAAGAGGGAGUGUGUGCACUUUGACCUUGAGUUUUUUCAAAAAACACUACUUUUUGUGCACCUUUUUUCCGGGAAAAACUGGAACUGUAAUGAAGUUGGGGCUCAAUAAAGGUUACUUGAAUUCAC